CUGGGGUCCUUGACGUGGCAUUAAUAAGCAAACAUGGAGGUGGUGCGCAAGGUUUUAUAAAGUUUGUCUGUACAUUUUGAGCAUUAUAAUGAUUAUUAGCUUCAUUCAGCAACCACAACACAGCCUAUAUGCUUUUAUGCUGUAUCCUUUGCGGGUAUUUUAGGUGUGAAAUUGUAAAAUGAGCGGCUGGGCUGGUUUUUCUGAUGAGGAACUACGGAGGAUGCAGCAGAGAGACUUAGCAGCAGCCCGCGGUCGGAAACCGGCUCCAGCCAACCGGAGCCGGCAGCAGUUACAGCGGGAAAGGGCUCUUCAGUUAGCCGCCCAGAAAAAUGCAGGAACAGAUUCACCGGAACUUCCACCCGAGCAACUGCUCACUAAACCACCGCCGAAGGAAGAGCCUCAACCCGCCGCUCCAUCAGGCGCUCCGGCUGUCAAACAGGAGGUGAAGGAGAAGCCCAGCCUGUUGAAGUCGACUGAAAGUUGUCAUUCGGCUGCAGAGGAGGAGACCCCGGCUGUGAAAGAGCUGGACAAACAAGAGGUGGAACUACGGGAAAAGACGCGUCUGGAGCAGCUGCAGCAAGAGCAACAAAUAAUCGAAGAGAGAAACAAGCGCAAGAAAGCUCUGCUGACAAAAACUAUUGCUGAGAAGUCCAAACAGACUCAGGCAGAGGCCGUGAAGCUCAAGAGAAUCCAGAAAGAGCUGCAGGCCCUCGAUGACAUGGUGUCCAGUGAUAUCGGCAUCCUGAGAGGAAAGAUAGAACAGGCCAGCUGGGACUACACUGCCGCGAGAAAGCGUUACCAGAAGGCGGAGUCAGAGUACGUGAUGGCCAAGCUGGACCUGCACAAGAAAACUGAGGUGAAGGAGCAGCUGACGGAGCACCUCUGUGCCAUCAUCCAGCAGAACGAGCUGCGUAAAGCCCACAAACUGGAGGAGCUGAUGCAGCAGCUGCAGCUUCAGGCCACUGUGGAGGAGCCGGAGAGGCCGACGGAGGAGGAUGAGAAGGAGAGGAAGAGGAGGAGAAGCAGCAGCUAUAUAGAUGUGCAGAGGGAUGGGAAGGAGGGAAACGGCUCAGUACAAUCAACCACAGACUGUAAACCCACAGAGGAAGAGGCUGUGAAGGAGGAGAAGGGAGGUGAUGUGCAACAGGAGCACAGUCCGUGCACUGAACCACCAAAGACUGAACAAGACUGUAGACCAGUAGAGAAUGGUGCUGUGAGUGAGACCGCGGCCUCCUGAGGCUCCGUCACCAGACACACUUUCUCCACUGUAGGCAUCAAUAUGAAACAUUAACCGUGCUCUUCACUAGUACUGUCAGCUGAGUGACCCACCUGCACAGAGAGGUGCAGGCCACACUGAGUGCAUCCUUAGUGCUGGACUGACACCAGAGAGUGGGUUCACAUCUGCAUGGUGGGUUUUGGUUUAGGCACCAUAAGCACUUUGGAGCAGUUUUGGGAAACAUUUGUGCUGAAUAUCGAAGAAGUCGUCGUGUCCCGUCUGGGGCAUUUCUCUGUAUAAAACCAAGAUGCCCAGUUUUCCCCGAGGGCUUUGAGUGUCCUAAACAGAACCACAGAAACCUUAACAAUGCUUUAGUUGCUAUGAACACAUGUUGUAGAACAACAAAUGAAACAUCACAUUUCCAGAAAAGUUCAGCAUGAACAUUUGGCAUCUUUGCUGAUUCAGUUAUUAUAAACAUUUCCACAUGAUGCUGCUUAAAAGAACCCGACCCUGCAGCCUGGCAGUAACAUCACCGCCGCUCUCUGCAUUAUCUGCACAUGGCAGCUAUGGUUCAGGUUAGAGUGGGACUGUGGUUACGGCAAAUAAACUAUGGUUAAGGUUAGGCCAGUCAAACACUUUAUGUUUGGGGCAGGAUGGUGGUUUAAUAAAAAGGCAAAUGAAUUCCAUGACCAUCUUACACGCUGCACUUUUACUACAUGUAGGACACGUGCAGGUUUGUCUAAUAUGGCCGUGAACCUCAGCCAAGCAAUAUUGUGUCUUUUUUAAAACACAUACUUUACUUUUGCUUCUCAGUGUAUUUACCAUUGACAGCAUAUGGUUGGGACCAGGCUGGUCUGUAGAACCAGGUAUCGACAAACUACCAAGUACUGGUGGCUGGUAUCAAACGUCUGGUUAGAGUCUUGUUGACUUCUUCAGUCAAAGUUGUUUCAGAGUCUAUUUGAGUCAAAGUCCUUGUAUGACUUGUUUUUAUUUUGACGUUUAUCUUUUCUGGCUGUAAGCAACAAUAUUGUUUGGCAUUGGGUUUAAAUCUGAAGUACUGUAUCAGCGCUGCUGUUGAGAACUUUGAAACGGUAUGUGUGUACAUGCAGGGUCAGACAAUCGGCUGCAGAGUAGACCAGAAGAAUCUUCAGUCCGUUGUGUUUACUUGUGUGAGCUCCUCUUCAAACGUGCUUUUACUUGACAUGUAAAUGAUGUGAGCAAAGGUUGAAUUCAGAGGUUUUUGACUGUACAAGAGUGAACGAUGUGUCCUGCUCAGGUCCUGGAGGAGAGUGAGUGCUUCGUGCAGACAGACUGGGUUUCUGUUCCAGACAGGAACCCUGCUGCCAUAUGUGCUGGAGCUGGCGUUGGGCUUGUGCUUCACAAAGCUAAUUGUCAUCUUGUCAGUGCAGCUGAGGAGCCUCCUGAAUGGUAAGAUGAUAUGUGACCGUGCAUGUCCAGCUGCUCUCAGCUGCGUGUGCAGGGUGUGUUGAAAAUAAUAUAUGACAGUAAUCUAAUGUUAAUCUGUAGGUACGUGGGUCUGACCAGCGUCUGAUUUCUUAGUUUGAAUGUUCUGAAGCUGAUGCAUAGAGGAAGGUAUUUAAAUGGGCUAUAUAAAUAAAUAAAGGUGAUAUUUAGCUACACACUACACUGGGAUAUUUUACUAAAAUAAACUUUAAAAAUUGCAGGU